GAAAAACCGACGUGCUCCAUCUGCCUGGGAGAGUUCGCAGAGGGCGAGGAGCUCAAGUCUCUUCCGUGCGUCCACGUCUUUCACUGUGCCUGCAUCGACCAGUGGCUUCGACUCUCCUCCGAGUGUCCUCUCUGCAAGAGAUCUGUGCUC